AUGCCUCUCCCUCUCCUACCCCCCCUGCCAUUUGGUGUUGGUGCUAGCCCACAAUGUUGGGCAUCCCUUGCAGGCAUACAAGGCUGUGUUGUUGAGAUUAUUACUUCCUACACAACUGGUAGAAUUGGUGUUAUUAGCCCUGCCUGUUGUAUUGCCAUCACUAACAUUCAAUCUGAUUGCUGGCCUAAAUUGUUCCCAUUAAACCCACUCUUCCCAGCUGGUCUAAAGACCUUUUGUGCUGCACCUCCACUGCUCCGACCGAGCAUCACGAGCAAGUUGGAGCCACAGCUAAAGAAAGAACAGAUUGGAAUCACACAAUGCUGGUCAUCUGUUAGAAACAUAACUGGCUGUGUUGCACAGAUUGUUGAGGCUUUUAGCAGUGCAAAAACUGAUGAUAUUGGACCUGCCUGUUGCAAGGCAAUAAUUAGUACUAUUGACAACAAGUGCUGGGUUAAGAUGUUCCCUUUCAAUCCAUUCUUUGGUCCAAUACUGGUUCACUUGCUACUUGACGUUGCAAAACAAGAGUUAUACAUGAGGGAAACAGUUGGUUACUUGCCAUCAGAGUUUAUAAGAAGAUUGCCUUGA